GCCGUCCUGCGCUGCUGUGGUCCUGGCUUCUUGGACAGCUGCUCAGCCUGUUUUGCCAGCCUUUCUAAUCGAAAGAGGGGAAAGUGCCACAAAUGUCAAGAUUCUUUCUUAGAAAAGGACAUGGUUGUAGAGUGUCUUGGGCUUCGCUGGGCUUUAUGGGGCUUAGGGGCUGCACGCGCCCACCUCCCAGCCCCAGUCCCAACCCUGCCCUCCCCAUGUCCCACCACCCCCCACCCCGGGCUGCCUGCGAAAGGUUGCGCUGAGGAGCCGGGCACAGGAGGAGGGGCAAAGGGUUUUCGUGGGAACCACGCUGUCAAGCCGUAGCCUUUGCGCGAGGCAGGGGUUAGGUGACGUUCCUCUUGCAAGUUGGUGGAGAGUUGGGAGGAGUCCAGAGAACAUAUUGUAAUAAUUUUCUCCUUUACUUUCUUGCUGCCAAGGCUGGAGUUGAAGGCCCUACCUUUCCCGCGAAGUAACAGCUGUGGCGAGGCCAUCUCAGAACCAAGAAGUCCCCGUGACAGGUUGGCGUCCAGUGGCAUGACCAGCGCUGUCUAAUCAAGAUGAUGGACAUGGAAAGCCCUAUUUGUCCCCUGACCCCGCUCGAGGCUGACGACCUGGAAAGCCCACUGUCUGAAGAAUUCCUACAGGAAAUGGGAAAUAUUCAAGAGAUUUCCCAGUCCAUCGGUGAAGACAGCUCCGGAAGCUUCAGUUUCACAGAUUAUCAGUAUGUAGGAAGCGGUCCAGGGUCAGAUGGAUCUGUUAUCACAGAUACCCUCUCCCCAGCUUCAAGCCCUUCAUCAGUUAACUAUCCUGUGGUUCCCGGCAGCACUGAUGAGACAUCCAGCAGGGCACUGAACAUUGAGUGUAGGAUCUGCGGGGACAAGGCCUCCGGCUACCACUACGGGGUGCAUGCGUGUGAAGGCUGCAAGGGUUUUUUUCGUCGAACCAUUCGGCUAAAGCUGGUUUAUGACAAAUGUGAUCGCAGCUGCAAGAUUCAGAAAAAGAAUCGAAACAAGUGCCAAUAUUGCCGUUUCCACAAGUGCCUCUCGGUGGGGAUGUCACAUAAUGCAAUUCGUUUUGGACGAAUGCCAAGGUCCGAAAAAGCCAAAUUGAAAGCAGAGAUCCUUACAUGUGACCAUGAUCUCGAAGAUACUGAAACUGCAGAUCUCAAAUUUCUUGCCAAGAGAAUUUACGAGGCCUACCUGAAGAACUUUAACAUGAACAAGGUCAAAGCCAGAGUCAUCCUUGCAGGGAAAGCCAGCAACAAUCCACCUUUUGUCAUACACGAUAUGGAGACAUUGUGCAUGGCUGAGAAGACGCUGGUGGCCAAGCUGGUGGCCAACGGCAUCCAGAACAAGGAGGCAGAGGUCCGCAUCUUCCACUGCUGCCAGUGCACGUCAGUGGAGACCGUCACGGAGCUCACAGAGUUUGCCAAGUCCAUCCCAGGCUUCGCCAACUUAGACUUGAAUGAUCAAGUGACUUUGCUAAAAUAUGGCGUCUACGAGGCCAUAUUUGCAAUGCUGUCUUCUGUGAUGAACAAAGAUGGGAUGCUGGUUGCAUAUGGGAAUGGUUUUAUAACUCGGGAAUUCCUAAAGAGCCUAAGAAAACCGUUCUGCGACAUCAUGGAGCCCAAGUUUGAUUUUGCAAUGAAGUUCAAUGCACUGGAGCUGGACGACAGCGAUAUUUCCCUCUUUGUGGCUGCUAUCAUUUGCUGUGGGGAUCGUCCCGGCCUUUUAAACGUACAGCACAUUGAAAAAAUGCAGGAAGGUAUUGUGCACGUGCUUAAACUCCACUUGCAAAGCAACCACCCAGAUGACAGCUUCCUCUUCCCAAAACUGCUCCAAAAGAUGGCAGACCUGCGGCAGCUGGUCACAGAGCAUGCGCAGCUCGUGCAGAUCAUCAAAAAGACAGAAUCCGACGCAGCCCUGCACCCACUGCUGCAAGAAAUCUACAGGGACAUGUACUGAGUGCCUGUAAACACACAAGAAAAACAAACUCUUCAAGAAUAUUUAACGCUGACAGCACUACAAAUGGGGAAUUGGAGCCACACAACUUUGCACAAACGCCCACCACUUUCAUCUUAGGGUGUACACCCUAGCUAAUCCGAAUACCGUCCCACGUUUCUUGUUUUAACCAGUCCUCCUAAAAGCGUGCAAAGCAUUCAAAUGCUGGUGCUCAGUGGCUAACAGUCAGGACUUGGAAAAUUAAGAAUGGUGUUCAGCAGUCUGAUUUCCAUGCAUGUGGCAUUCAUUCACGCAGGUUUCUCUCUAUCCCGUUGGUAAUCUACCAUUUAAUUCUUGGGUAAUCUCAAAAUAUGUGGUCUGCCUUCCCUUUUGAGUGUUGUGCACCUUUGUAAUUUUGGAUACUAAUCAGCACUUUCUAACUACUUUUAUAAUCUUAUCAAUCUAGAUGUGUCCAAAGGCUAGGUAUUUAAAAAGCAGCAAAAGUAUUUAUUUGGAAGACAUAAUUCUGUUUCCUGACUUGCUGUUUUUUAAUCAUAAGAUUUGGAAUUUUAAGGAAUUAUUUGAUAAGCUAUCAAAAUGCAGCAGUGGUUGCGUUUUCUGUUCACUGUGUACAUGAUGGAGGAGCCCUGGUGGUGCUGUGCUUAAAGUGCUCGAAUGCUAACCAAAAGGUUGGCCGUUCAAACCCACCAGCUGCUCCUGGGGAGAAAAGAUGUGGCCACCUGCUUCCAUAAAGAUUAUAGCCUUGGACACCCUAUAGGGCAGUUCUGCUUUGUCCUGUGGGGUCACUAGGAGUCAGAACUGACUCCACAACAAUGGGUUUGUUUGGAUUUUUUUUUUUUUUUUUUUGGUUUGUGUUCAUGCUGGUAGCUGAUAUGUGGAAAAGCCUCUUUCCAGAUUUGUGUAGAUCCCAAAACACUAUCUCAAGAUGGCCCCACCCUGGACUUGAUAGAUGCCUGUGUGAAGCUAGGGUCUGUGAUAACAGGAACAGGAGAAACUCCGAAUGCAUGUUAGCCUCCCAUUCCUCUCCCUACCAAACCCAAACCAAUCGAUUCAGCUGUUUGUGGGCACCAUAGUAUUUUGAGGGUAAAUCAACAAAUUAUUUUUCAAUGUGUCAAGGCAGCUUCUUUUGUCUUUUCCUGUAUUGCUCUUUUAAAUAGGGAACUUAAUUUUUUUAACUCUCAAUGGUAGUAGGUGCUCUGGGGUGGAGGAGAUAAGGCAACUCUGACUUCCCAGCGUGGGGCGCCAGAGGGUGGAGAACUGGCUGGGAACACCAGAGGGCCGAGGACCAUGGCCUUCAGGUGGUGGUUUUAUUUCAUCCCCAAUUUCACAGCACCCUGAUUAUCUUUACAAAGAUGUAGACAGAGCUCCCUUUUAGACUAUACGUAAGGCAGUUUUCCAACAUCUAAGAUGUGUGUUUGAGACUUAAAGAUCAACUUCUAAACCUCAGUCCAGCUGGAACCGCAGUGCGGUGGUGAUGAUCUGUCUAGAGAAGGUGGACCCAGAAACACUAGGUCUGUCCACAUCUGCCCACUGUUGCCGAUAAUCACACUUUCCAACAAUUCUCAACAGCAAUACCUCAAGGCCAGACUCUGCCUCCUCAGGCCACUGGGCACCUCGCGACCUCCGCCCUAUGGCCUGGGUAUGCCCCUUGGUGCCUUGCCCUGCCAUCUUUACAACAUUCGGCUCUUCUACGAUCACUGUUCUUUACCGUUGAAGAGUGAUUGCGAUCGAUAGGGAUCAGCAUUCUGCAAAUGUCACACGAGGAAGGACAGUAAAAUUGUGAGGCUUCAACUGGAAAAAAGUCAGCAUUUACCACUAGGACAUCUUUUUAAAAAUGACACACUUCGGGGGUUUGGCUUUUCAUUUGUUUGUUUGUUUUUUAAAGAUCCAGUCAAAAGAUCUGCUGGCCAGCAGAAAACAGUUUGCACUGCAGGUACUAGGGACUGGGAGCAAAUAAAAGUAUUUCCAUAUAUGAAACGAAUCACGAGGUCGCCCUCCUCCAGACAAGAGCCAGCCUGUGAGAACCAUGCUACUCAGUAGAUGCUGUUUCCCCAACUGAGGACGCGGGGUGCUGUAGAGACUUGUGGCGGUGUUGGGCCCAAGGUCGCUGGAUCAGAGCCUGGAUUUGAAUACCGAGUCCGUGUUCCCUCCACUGUCCGUGGCAGCCUCUCACUCUGAUGUGCCCUGGAUGGACACCAUCCAGCUAGACAGUGAAGCUUGACACCAGUCUUCCAGAAGAAUAAUUUGUCCUUUGAAUUACGUAAAAUUUAAAUAUUCAUGAAACCUACUUAACGUGGCUCCUGACCCUGGGCUUCCAGCAUUAAUUACCCUUUGAGCUAACCAAAGGGGCAGGUUGUGCAUUCGCCCACAUGAUGGUCAGCAGCAUGGGUGAGCCUUUGGUUCCCCAGGACUGGCUAGACUACCAGUGAUGUCCCCAAGGAAACCAGCAAGGAGACCCAAGUGACCUCACCUGGUGCCAUCCACUUGUAUCAACAGGAAGUAAAAUCAUAUGUUCCCAUUUAUUUUAAAUAACAUAGUCACUAAUCAUCACUUGAUGAAUUAUAGAAUGUUUUGAGUCACCCUAACAAAGAUUUCUUAAGCUUCCAUAGUCAAACGUAAGCUGAUAAUUCACUAGUUCAAAAUAGAACUAUUACAAGAGUGCCUUCAUUACUCACUGGGUUUCAGUAGUCUCCAGCAUCAAGUACAAUGGAAAUGUGUCUGGCUCAGGACGCUUCAAGCCAUGUGGGCGAGACCCUCUCCUUGGGGGAGAAGGCUGGCUAUCACCUGUCUCCCUUCUCACCACCCUGGCCCAUUCUUCAAAAAGGCAUUGUCUAAACAUCUUUUUCUCAACUUUUGUAGUAAAAAAGUACCAAACUCCUCAGAAACCAUGAUAUUACCAAAUAGUCUUUGUCCUACAUGCUGGCUGGAAGAAAGGGACAACAGAGGUCUCCCCAGUGAUGCCUCUGAACCCCAGUGCUCCCGGUGGGACCGAGCACCCCACCAUGAUCUUCCUCUGCAGGACCCUCCUCCUCCUGCCUCCUGGGCACAAGCAGGUGGGCGGGUGGGUGCGUCACACGCAGAAUUCAGUGCUCCAAGGGCUGCCAACACAGGUGGGGUAGAGGAUUUUUAAAAGGAGCCCUCAUGGCGCAAUGAUUAACCCCUCAGCUGCUAUACAAAAGGUCUGUGGUUCAAACCCAUCAGCUGUUCCAUGGGAGAAAAGACCUGCCAAUCUGCUCCUGUAAAGGUUACAGCCUAGGAAACCCUACGGGGCAGUUCUCCUCUGUCCUGUAGGGUUGCUAUGAGUCAGAAUCGCCUUGAGGGCACUCAGCAACAUGACUUUCAAAGAACUUGUAUUGUUUAAAAGGGAGAUUUAAAGAUCCGCAUGGGCAUUUCCGUGAAGUGAGCUUGGGCCUGGCCUGGGUGUCAGAGAAGCAGCUGGUGCCCCAAUAGCACCUGGGUGAAAGCGGGACUCUCUCAGGCCUCUGAACCCCGACCAGCAUCUGUGCUUCUCUGUCUGCUUACAUGCACUCCUGCUUCACGUCCCUUCUCAAGCCACCAUGACACCGGGUACACUGGACACUCACCUGCGGGAGGCGCAAAAGAGGGAUGGAGACCCUUGUUGUUAAGGCAGUGACCACACCCAUCUUUGGAGUGUCUUUUUGAACUCUUGUUUCUAACUCAGAGAAACACUGGUGGCACAGUGGUUAAGAAUUUGGCUGCUAACCGAAAGGUAGGCAGUUCAAACCCACCAGCUGUUCUGCCGAAGAAAGAUGUGGCAGUCUGUUUCCAUAAAGAUUACAGCCUUGGAAGCCCUAUGGAGCAAUUCUACUCCAUCCUAUAGGGUCACUAUGAGUCAGAAUCAACUCCACGGCAGCAGGUACAGGUUUUGACCUCACCCAGCGAGUCCAGUACUUCCAGCUGCAGCUGGCC